CGGGUGUAUCGAUAGCACGGGCUUUGAACGCGUGGUAAAAAAUUAUUAACAGCCGGCAAUGGGUGACUCAAAAACCGAUGAAAGCAAGUCAGCUGACAACAAAACGAACCAAAAUGCUGAAGAACAGGCAGCACCGCCACCGAAUGAAAUGCGGGCCAUUGUUCUUACCAAUUUCGGUGGCCUAAAGGCCGUGAAGGUUAUGAAAAAGCCGGAACCGACACCGGGAGAAGGAGAAGUCCUCAUUAGGGUUAAAGCAUGCGGCUUAAACUUCCUUGAUUUAAUGGUUCGUCAAGGAGCUAUCGACAACCCUCCAAAAACUCCUUUCAUCAUGGGAUUUGAGUGUGCCGGUACCGUAGAAGCCGUAGGAGAAGGUGUGACCGACUUUAAG